AUGUUUGCCAAGGCACGUGACCCAGAAUGUCGUCUUGGCUCCUGUCGGUCCACCAUUCGAACCUACUCUCCGAUUCGGGACGACCACCUUUCUGCAAUGACUACAACCCCUCGCUUUCACGCAGAGCUCCUCGAAAACAUUCGAUCCAUCACCAUCUCUAUCCACCUUCCCUCACCCUCCAACUCCACCACCAAGCUUGACCUUGACUCUCCGUGUCUCAUAAAUCUUCAUCAUGAUGGACAAUCCAUGCCCCUCAACCUCCCGGGAAAUGUUGCCCCAGCUGCUAGUUUGGCCUUGCGUAUCUGCAAACCUGGAGAGCGAAUGCUGUGCUACCGUCUCCCGGUUUCAUCGCCAAAAUCUUUAUCAGUAACAGAGACAGAGAAUUAUGUGCCAUGGACAGCCCUGGAAUUGAACAAAGAGGCCGCAACUUUGUUUAGCUGUCGGGCAUGUAGAGCCGAAGUGAUCCCAAAGGAUAGGAUCAAGACUUGGAAGGAUCUGCCUUCGGGUAAUUGGGAGGAAAUGAUGGACUUUUGGCAUUGCCAUAAGCCAGACGAAUCACGCUCUCACCAUCAUAUCGGCAGGCCUCGCUACGCUCCAUUACAACGAGGUUACGUCGCAGAGUCCGGGACCGCGUUGGUCGACCUAACCUAUUUCUUGCUGGCCGAAGCGGACUGCUCUGAGGCUGUGGAAGUCUCCGAGCCUACGUCAGCAAAACAAGACCUCCAUGUUCUAACUUGCAAGUCCUGUAAGUCAGCUCUUGGCGUCGUAGACAGGAAACCAUCGGGUGAUGGUUCCUCUAGCACUUCCAGAGGAUGGACCAUUUACAAGUGGGCCCUAUGUGACGAAAAGUCCAAAACGUUUCCCAUGCAAUGUUUUCUGGCGGCUCAGCUCGUUGACUUGGCAGAGAAUAAUGGUACUCGACGUAUCAUAUUUACAGCCCAGGAGGUUAAACUGAGGAUAUGGAUAUUUAGCACUGACACUCGCUACAUCGGCUCCGACACUGGCCGAGUCAUGCGUGCUGUCAAGGUUUUUUGGCAAGCCGGGGCGGGUGAUAAAGGCGGCAUGAUGGGCACGGAUGGGUUUGAAGAGGUUGCAAUCCAUAAGCAACUCUUGGAAGGAUUGAAAGAAGCGAUCGAGCGGGGUGACCAGAAGUUUGGGGAAUGGAGGGUGGGGAUGGUGGAGAGAUUUGAGAAGCGGUCAAAUGUUGUGUAGUCUAAUGCAGAUGGUAUUAUGUAAUGAAAGAAGUGGAGUAUCAUAGCUUUAUUGAAAAUGAAGAAUGAAUGAAUUCUUUAA